CGCAUAUACCUCGACACCCUCACUCAUAUCAUAUUAUACCUCUUUACACCACGUCCUCUCAUGAUAUCAAUCCUCUCCUCAUGAGGAUCAAAAAGGCUCCCAAGAGGUACACCUCGCCACCUUCUGAUGUCCUCAAUCUCGUCAACGCCAUCGUUCAGUCCACUGAUCAUGACCUCGUCUACUUGCUCGCCAAUUUCCCUCGCUGGCGUUAUCCUCGUGGCGACUUGCAUACCUGGAUCCCUGUCCUUGAUCGCUUCGACGCAAUACUCGCAGAGAUCAUCGAAUCCUACAAGCUUUCUCAUCUUCAGCAUGUCGACUUCUCCCUUGAAGCGAAAACAACAAUCCUCGAGGUGUUGAGGGUACAACGCAUGCUCGUCGAGAACUGCACCAGUCGUAAACUCUUUUGUUCGUACGAUCGUCUUCAUGACCUCCUGGGAACUACCGACAUGGACGUUCUUCACGCUGCUUUGUAUCUUCUCCUCCGUCCCUGCCAGCAGUAUCAAAGCCAAACCCCCGUCGACGCUUCCUUUGCGUCCAAGAUUCCCAACCGCUUACUCGCCUUGACCAAAGGAUGGGACCAAAUCCACGCUCAUGGCUUGAGCCUGGUCGAUUUGGCCGACGAUUCCAACAUCUGUGACAUUCCACUCGAAUCACGACGCGUGCAGUUCCGCUUCUACCCAUCGAAACCCACCGCUUCGUCCAAAAGCCAUGCGACGACUCGAACCCCUCCAAAAGUCCGCCCGUCCGUCGCCGGCAGCAAGACGGGCCCUCCAGAUACGUCCAUGACUCUUGACCUCGGCAGCGUAGCCGAUCAGUCUCUGCCUGUUGUGGCUUCGAAACUGGAACGGCUUUGCCGUCAACAUUCCGUCCCUGAUCAUGAGCAUCUGGCAGCUCUCACUCGUAGUAGGGUCCUCAGUGAUCUAUCCAACUCGGAGAAACGACAAGACUUGCUGAGCAUCCGACUGCUGGCCAUGGCCACUUAUGUCUACUACACUCCAGAGCAGGCCGUUCAAUCCACCGUGUUCUUGUACGAGCCACGCCUUGUCAGCCAGCUUGUGGAUCUCGUCCGCGCAUAUACCCCAAGCACUGCCAAGGUGACAACCAGCGCGCUUCUACUCCUAGACGCAUGCGCCCAUCACCGUUCUAGAGCUUCGGAAGUAUGUGGCUAUGUAAGCGGUAGCACGAGUCGGGGCGCUCUCAUCACUCUCCUUCGUCAUAUCACUUCGGAUCUAUCAGCGGGUGAUGAGCCAUCCCCUGAUCUCAUGGAUGCUACUUUGACCCUCACUGCCUUAGUCUUGUCCACCCCGACGUUCGCCAGCAUGCUCGUGGGUGCGGGGAUCUUGCCGAUACUGCUCGAUAUCGUCCGCGCCAAGAGCUCGCGACGGGAUAAUUAUACACCUCGUGCUGUCGGGCUGAUCGAAACGGCUAUCUAUUCGACCUCGCAAGGGCUGUCCAUGUUCAGCAAUGCGGACGGGAUCAAUGUGCUUGUCACAUGCAUCAAGUCUGAAAUUGAGAUCUUAUUGACAUGUGAACGACCAGAGCCUUCAGAUACGGUAGCGGAGGACACCAUCACCUUCUACACGACGCAGCCACUCCGCUCGCUACUUCGCUCGAUCCAGCGCUUGAUGCAGGCCUCUGGCGGCACAGAAGGCUUACGGAAUUUGGUGGAUUCGGAUAUGCCCAAGUCGCUCAAGACCAUCUUCUGCCAGCCAGAUCGGUUUGGGCCUCGUGUGUAUGCUCUAGCUGCCAAUAUUAUGGCUACAUUUGUUAACAACGAACCCACCUCCCUUGCUGUCUUGCAAGAAUUGCAACUACCCCACGAUCUGUACGCACAGUUGGAGUCUGCGCCACUCACGACUUACGAGGCGUUAAGCGGCGUAGUCAAUGCUGUGGGAGCUAUCUGCCUCAAUCAGACCGGACUGGACAUGACUAUCAACACGCCCGCCGUUCUUCAGACAAUUGUUGAGAGCUCCUUGCGCUUGUCGGACGACGACAGUACGGCUUCAGACCGAGAACCCGUGGCCAUGAUGGGAGGCUGUUUGGACGAGCUCAAACGGCACCAUCCAACACUCCAGCCCUUGAUACUGCAGACGGUGGUGGACGGUUUCCGCAAAGCAUUGAAGGACGGCUCGUCAUUCGUGCCAGAUCCGGAUAGCCGGCAGCAAUAUCUGCUCGAACUCUGGCCGGAGAACAGCAAUACCUCCAGCGCAGCACUGCAGCCACCUCUGAACGAUGCGUCUAGGGCCAUCGCUAAGGCACUGAGGCUACUCGAAGGUAUACUGCGAAGCGGAAACGCUUGUCAGGAGUUCGUCAAUAUUGAUGGUCUUGAUCUCAUCUUCGAGGUCGCGCAAUCUCCCUGCCUUCCUAUCCGCUACGGAUCUUCCGGCGUUGCAAUCGCUCUCACUCAACUGUGCAAGACCAUGGUCGAGCGCGAACCGGCCCGACUGAUCGAAGCAUCCGUGAACUCCAUCAAGUCAAGCCUGCACGAAUGUCAGCCGCUUUGGUCGGAGGAUACUUGCUCCGACCUGUGGCAAGCUAUGGAUACUAAGUCCGACCCUCUUAUAGGCGAUCACUUGAGAGCAAUUCGACGUCUGAUUAUCCGAAUCACAACCUUGAACGACAUAUUAGGAUCGUGUUCGUCCAUCAUCAAGUCUGACGCCUCGUUCGUCAAGGCCCUUGGGGUUCGUUCCGACCCGUCUUUCUUUCUUAACCUAGGCGCCAUCCUCCGUGUUUGCUCUCGGCAGCACGUUCUCUUCCAAUCAUCCUCGUCAAAGGGCUUCCCUACGCCAAACAAAGUCGGCUUAGAUUGUCUGGGAUUCAACGAACCUUCGCUGGGCAAGUUGUCCGGGGCGAGGUUCCUGGCCUCGAGAGCGACGACUGCCAUCACAAAAAUGCUAAAAACGAUAUACAAACUGGUUGGGCUCCGGCAUCCUGUCGACUUUGUACAUAGACGCGAAGCGGAACUUCUUUGUCGUGCCAUUGCGCAGAUCAUGGUGGAUCACUUACAGUACAUUGGCGAAUCCGGGAGAAGCAAUUUCGGCGACGAUGUGAUGAGCAUCGGCAUCGUCUCUAUGCUUUUGUUGGACGAUCGUGCUUUUGAAGGCCUCGCUCAAGUGGCCCUGCUGGAGUUCUUCGACAAAGUGGACGGGCUUCAAGAGCUGGAACGCACAAUGGGAAGAGUCUUGUCCCACGCGGAAUCCGAAGCAAGUGCUUCUGAUCUCUUCGGAACCACGACCGCACAUACCUGUAGUGGGGUCCGUUUAGUUGUGCUCUUAUCGGCCUCCCUGACUUCAACGAGUGCUCUGCGGGAUCUCCCAUACACGAUGACCAUGGCUCCCAACGUCAGCCCCGAGGACUUGUUGGUCAAGUUGAGGUAUACAUUCUUUCCUCUAGCGAAACUGCUCUGGGAGGCGCAAUGGCUGGCCAAAAGCAGCCCAUCACUCAUCAGAUCUAUCGCUCAGUUAUACCUCGGGAUCAUGGAAGGCAAGUCAGAGUCAAAACGACCGUUAUCCGAAGUGGACAAUCCUGCCAACAUCGUGCCGCCCGUACCCCCUGUGCCUACUCGACCACCAACAGCCGAUCCUACUCGAGUGCAACAGCUGGUCGACAUGGGUUUUGUCAGAGCGGCGGCGGAAUCUGCACUUCUACGGUCUCGCAACAAUGUAACGGUGGCCGCCGAUCUGAUCCUUCGCAUGCCCCUCGCUCUUCAAAGCGAGGCUCGACGCCCUGCCGUUGAACCAGCCGCCAAUCCGACUGCUGCUCCCGAUCAGCCUGGUCAACUGGCUGGUACCGUUAACCCAAAUGCCGAAGAUCCAGAGGUCCCCGUCGCAGCUACAAACGAGGCGACCGACAGUACAGAAGACGCAACCUCGGAGACCGCGGCCGAAAAGAAUCAUUUGACGUCAGAGAAAAUGGAAGAAUGUCGCAAAGUGCUUGAAGAACUUCGUCAAGACGGUCGUCCCAAAGUUGCCUCGCGAGUGCUAGAAUUGGUGGAUGUGGCGGAGGAGCUGGUGUUUGAUUUGAUCUCGGCGAUCCCUGAAGGGUUACCAGGACUUACCCUGCUACUCCAGAGAGCUCUGGAUUGCAUCACAAAUGAGAUUCUCGAGCGCGACAAAGUCCAGUCCGCUCGGCUUCGCAUCCUGGCCGUUUUCUUGUCAGGUGGUUACCGAUGUCGAUUUGAUGAAGCAACGCUUACAAUGGCCAAUCAGCUCUUUUCGUCGCUGCAGUUCGAUGCUCUACCGCGACCUACUUGGAUACCUCCAAUGCUAUUGGUCGCCCAGGCUAUGUCCCUCCUGGUCACUGCUGUCUCGAGCGUUCGUGUAGGUGAGCCACCCGAAACUCCUAUCGUCAAGGAGCCGAACCCUUUUGACACGGCUCGAAAGCAUAUCAUCGACCUAUGUUUCAACAUUGCCUUGGAUUCAAACGCAACUCCCAAUGAGCUUCUCUCGGCACUGCGCUGUCUGGCUACUUUUUCCAGAGACUCGGACCUUGGAUUUUCGUCGGACAGAAUCGGAGCCCUGCUACAUUUGCUACACGCCAAAUCUCCGGUCAGCGGGGUCCAACAGCUUUUGUUAUUGAUUUUACGACAUACUUUUGAGGACGCGACGACUCUGCGCUCCUUCAUGACUCGCCAGGUCAGACAAUGGUUCAGUAUGGUAAACAAGGUCAGUGAUGUCACGCAUUUCGUCCGUCAACUCCGACCCGUAGCCCUCCGCGACCCGACCCUAUUCGUGUCUGCCGUGGAGCAAGAAUGCCAGCUGCUCGACCCUCAACCGCCUCAGUCAGUUUUUCAUCUGAGGGCCAAAGAUCCGUCAGAUCCAUUGAGCGUCGCAAAACCCGAAGAUCCCUUCCUUGUGACUUCCACUGCCGUAAGUAGUUCCUCCAUCAUGGAACGACUGGUCAACGAGCUCGGCAAAUCCAUUGGCAGUUACAAAGAUAUGGUCAAAUCAUCCACUCCGAACAAUCCAGAAGUCCAUCGAUCCAUCGGAACCCUCCUGUCGACCGUCACGGAGCUUGUGGGAUCGUAUAUGCAGGCUAAACAGGCUUUCCUCGCCUGUCCCGUCGUCAUCAAAGGCCAUGAAGGUGCGAAGCGUAGAAGCAGCGUGGGUACGAUCAUUCAUCAGCUCGUGUGUUAUGUUAGUCUGGCCGACGAUGUGGCUGCCGAUGCCAAGAGCUCCCCUUCGAUGUGUCUUGCCGUCUCCUCCUGGGCGUCGGCUUUACUGGUCGCUCUAUGCUCUGACGUGAUCCCGAUAGCCAACGCAAAAGACAUUGCUGAGGAACUCGGUCCGAUCCGCAAGACUGUGCUGGACGAGAUUGCUCGAGCUAUCAAAGAAUCGACCGCAGGAAACGAGGAAGUCGACCGUCGAUACGGAAGUUUGUGGGCGUUGAGUGAUCUCGUCUGCCGUCUCCUGUCGCCAGACUCUGCCGGGAACUCACAGCGUCUUCGCCAGGAUGGAUCUGUAGCGAAGGCAAUGCUGGAGCGAAAUUUCGUGGCGCUUCUAACAAUGGCCACUUCAGACAUGGAUCUGAAUUACCCUGACAUCCGCUUGGUGCUGACGUCACUACUGCGAGCGGUUGAUCAUCUGUCGAAACUUUCAAUCAAAUGGGGCAAAGUGGACAUGCUCAACGCGAAGAUCACUGAUAUCCCUGUGGAAGAAGAUGAUGACAGCGAGAGCGAUUCUGCCAGUAUGGAUGAUGACUCUGACGUAGAUAUGGGAGAGGGAGUGGAAGUUUUCAGGAAUUCGGCUCUGAACAUGUACACCGACGAGGAUGAUGACGAGAUGGAUGACGAUGAGGAAGAGGAGGACGAUGAAGACUAUGAUAUGGAUGACGGCGAUGUCAUCAUCAAUGAAGAAGUGGGUGACGCGGGACAUGAGGUCUGGAAUGUACGUAUAAGUCACGCUAUGGCUCCCGCUGACGAUCAGGAUGAGAUGAUGGAGGAAGAAAUGACCGAAGACGGUGAGGCGCGUGGCACUGAGGAUGGUAUUGACGUGGACGAAGACGGCAUGAUGGAGGUUGUCGAAAUGGGUCCUGACGAUGACUUCGAUGAAGAGUUCUACGAAGAGAUGGAUCCUGUCGACCCCCUAUUGAUUGGAAGACAGCGCUCCUCUCUUUUCACCCACGAGCAUGCGGAGAACGGCGAGUGGGGUUGGCAGGUUGCUGGAAGCGACCGUGCUACCAGACAGUUCUUUCGCGUUGCGAACCGCCUAUCGGGAAACGAUGCCGACCUGGGUCCUUUUGGGCAAGGCAUAAGACAGAAUCAUCCCCUUGAUCAUCCAUUGCUUGCCGAUCCCGGCGGUGGAACUCGUUCGCAACAAACUCUUCCUCCGGCGCUCAGCAGCCUGCAAGAUAGUCUGGCGGGGCUUCCCGGCAUCUCUGCUGAAGAAGCCGUCUUCCUCCUCCAGCAUCUUGUCCGACACGUUCGACACGGCGAAAUGGAUUCAAUCAACAUCGAUUUAGCCCAUCUGCCCGACGGUAUGGAAACGGUACACCUGUCCAUCAACGGCAGACCUGUACCUGUUCCCACCCGACAGUCUCGGCGUACCACGUCUUUCGAAUCCUUUGAAGCUGCUUUAGGUCCGGUCCCCAAGUCGACUGCUCAGCGUUGGCAUGAUGAACUCAGCCUCUUCCCAGGCGCUGUUGGUGAUCAGAUCUCGGACAUUGUCAAUCACAUCGUUAACCGACUACUUCCUCCAGCUCGAUUGAAGGCGGAGGCCAAUCAGCCUCCGCAAGCGCCUGAAGAUCCGGUCAGUGAACGUCCUUCCGACACCGUCCAAGAGCAAACAGCUCCCAUCCCAGCUCCCAAUCCUGAGACAAACCACCACUUAGUCGAUCCUGGAGUGGCUUCACCGACUUUCGCGGGAAACAUCGAGGUUCAAACGCUGCCUUCUGAUGCCGAUAUCGAGAUGACAGAACAAGGAGGAGAAAACUCGUUGCCAGCAGACACUCAGCCUACAGCUACAGACGACGCCUCAGCCGAAAGUGAUGCACCUCAAGACAUCUCCAGCACGAAUGAAGCCCCAGAGCAUCGCGGGGAGGAUCGCACGGAGAAUCCGGUUAGCGACAGCUUGGCUCGGGUGACAAUCGACAUUCACGGGCAACCUGUCGACAUCACCGAUGCUGGAAUUGAUCUGGACUUUUUGCUCGCCUUGCCAGACGACAUGAGAGCAGACGUUGUAGAGCAGCACAUGCGUGAGAGAAGUCGGGCGUCUCGUCAGGUUGUUCCCAAUCAAGAGGAGAUCGAGUCGCAGAUCAGUCCCGAAUUCCUCAACGCUCUGCCACCAGACAUUCGAGCCGAAGUUUUGAUGCAAGAAGCACUUGAGCACGCUCGACGUUCUCAGCCUCAGCAACAAGCUCAAGAUCAAUCACGCACUCCGUCCGCCCUCCUUGCCGCUUCCCAAUCAGGCAUAGGACGACCUGCUGGCGUGAUGCGACCACGCGACGCCGUUCCCGAAGGACUCCCGAAGGCCGCUCAGCGUGCGAAGCGGGACGCCUUGCAGCUUUUGGACAGAGCGGGUGUUGCAUCUCUCGUCCGCCUCUUGUUCAUGCCCGAAGUCAUGAAGAAGCCGUACUUGCUCCGGGUGCUAGUCAAUCUCUGCGAGAACAGUACCUCGCAGACCGACAUCCUGAAUUGGCUUCUGUCCAUACUCCACGACGGUACCGGAGACUUGCUCAUAGUCGACCGCAACUUUCAACAAAUGUCAAUCAAAUCUUCGACUACAACUCCAUCUAGCAAAUCCUCGCCCAUGUCUAAGCUUCCCGUGUCACCCAUGCCUGGUAGUCUGCGUUCUCUCCCACAACUUCCUGCAGAUCAUAUCCCUGCGUUCGUCGCUUUGCGAUGCCUCGAUGCUCUCUCACACAUCGUCGGUAUCAAUUUCCAAACGGUCGACUACUUUCUCACGGAGCAAGACUUGCCAACCGGUAGCAAGAAGCCUGCGUCCAAGAAAUCAAAGGGCAAAGAGCGCCAGCUCCCGCAGACCAAGUACCCCAUCGUUUUGCUCAUGGGGCUUCUUGAUCGAUCUUCACUCCUUCAAGCUCCCGGUGUGCUGGAAAGUUUGACGGGCGUGUUGGCCACGAUCACCAAGCCCCUGACAUCUCCGAAGCCCGUUGACAAGUCCACAGAUCCCCAGGUGACACUUUCAGUUCUCCCGAGUCCCGGCGGUCCCACAUCAACAACAACGCCUGGACAUGCGUCGGGGGACUUGACAAAUCCAAGCGAAACUCCAAUGGCUUCACAGACUCCUCCCGAUGGUGCUGCAAACAGACCUUCCAUCAUCCCCUCGUCCAUCCUCCGCCUUCUCCCGAACUGUCUUACCAUCGGGGAAUGCUCUGGCCGCACUUUUGGACAAACGCUAGCGGUGAUGCAAAACUGCUCAAGUCUUCCGGAUGGCAAAUCUGUCCUCGUUCAGGAGCUCAGUAGGCGUGCGCAAGUACUUGGCGCAGCCUUGUUGGCUGAACUGAGACGAGUCUGCGCUUAUCUCGCGGACGAGGGCAAAAAUGUUGAUGGUGUACCCCUUGACGCAUUUUCCACUCCUUCCUCCAACCAAGCGCAGCUACUACGCUUAUUGAAAACCAUCGAUUUCCUCCAUGUGAAGAAGAGCGAUACCGACGAUCCCUCGGCAGGCAAGUCGGCCGAGGAGAAAGCUGCCACCGAGGUCUUUGUUGGCUUUGACUUUGAUGUCAUGUGGACACAGCUGAGCAGGUGUCUCAAGCUGGCGGAAUCGAGAGAUGCGGCGGAGAAUGUCGCGAUGAUAUUACUGCCGCUCAUCGAAGCGCUCAUGGUGGUCUGCAAGUAUCGCGAUACUUCUCGCACGACCCGUUCUCCCUCGGUACCACCACCUUCGGCCACGAGUGAGGACCUUUUCGUCUCCUUCACCACGGCCCAUAGGAAAAUUCUCAACACGAUUGUCCGAAAUAACCCAUCUCUAUUGGGUGGCUCAUUUUCCCUCCUCAUCCGAGAUACUCGCAUCCUUGAGUUCGAUAACAAGCGCAACUGGUUUUUCCUCAAGCUUAAGCGCAAACGAGAACCAGGUGUACCCACAAGUGUUCUGCACCUCAACAUCCGCCGUCAGUAUGUCUUUGAAGACUCAUUCCACGCGCUGCAACGCCGUAAAGGAGACGAGAUCAAGUAUGGUAAAUUGAACGUGAGGUUCUACAAUGAAGACGGGAUCGAUGCAGGUGGGGUUACUAGGGAAUGGUACAGUGCACUGGCUAGACAGAUCUUUGAUCCCAACUUUGCUCUGUUCGAGCCCUGUGCAGCAGACGAUCGCACCUAUCAGCCGAACAAGGCGUCGUCCGUUAAUCACGACCAUCUUGCCUACUUCAAGUUUGUCGGUCGAGUGAUAGGAAAAGCUAUCUACGAUGGGCGGCUUCUUGAUGCCUACUUUAGUCGAGCGUUCUACAAACAAAUCCUUGGCCGCUCGGUCGAUAUUCGAGACAUGGAGAGCAUUGACCCAGAAUAUCACAAAUCUCUGCAAUGGAUGUUGGAAAAUGACAUCACGGGUGUUAUUGAUCAAGAGUUCACCAUUGAAGAUGACCAGUUUGGCGAAAAGCAAGUCGUCGAACUGAAAGAUGGCGGCGCCAGUAUCCCGGUGACUGAGGAGAACAAAGACGAAUACGUCCGAUUAGUGGUGUCGUACAGACUCCACAACUCUAUCAAGGAGCAGCUCACUGCCUUCUUGGACGGAUUUUACGACGUCGUACCGCGCCAUUUGAUAGAGAUCUUUGAGCCCGAUCAAUUGGAGCUUCUCAUAUCCGGAAUCACGACAAUUGAUGUGGACGAGCUCAAAAAUGCGACGCAAUUGAGUGGAUGGAAGACGGAUGACGCCGACGUCGCUUGGUUUUGGCGAGCGCUUCGCAGCUACUCUCAAGAAGAGCGCGCUCGCUUCCUCAUGUUUGUCACCUCGUCAUCCCGGGUCCCUCUUGGCGGCUUCACCCAGCUACAAGGUUCAUCAGGAGUUCAGCCGUUCCAACUACAGAGGUUGUACGGCAAGGACGGUAGCCUCCCUCAGGCCAGCACCUGCUUCAAUCUUCUACUCCUCCCCAAAUACGACUCAUACGAGCAGUUGCGUGAAAAGCUCUUGUUUGCCAUCACCGAGACUGGCGGGUUUGGCAAAGCGUAAUCUCCCACAUGAUUGCAUUGUACAUACACAGCUAAAUUUGAUGCAUAUACAUUCGAGGAUCUUACC